CAAAAAGGUAUAUAAAUACAUAUCCUACCUUGUGGUUUGAGCACGACUUUUCAUGCUCACAUGCAAUCGCUUGUUGAUCGAGUGCGUUGUGUAAGUACUCCGAUAGAGCUCACAGAUUGGUCUCCAGACACUUGCAUUUUUUGUUAACCAUGAAUAACGAGGAUUCACGGAAGAAGCAUGAGUUGGUGGCCAGAGAUGUGUUCGUGCAACCAACCACGCUGCCCGUAACCCACUUGGACGACGGGUGUGUCAGUGGUACUGUAACAAGCAAUAACAACGCACACGACGCAGCAGAUGAUGUGUACCACGUCAACAAGUCGGUGGUGGUGGGCGGCAAACACUUGCACCCCGCAUGCCCACGAUGCGGUCAGACAGACUCCUACUGCUACGCUACAGUCCCGUUCUACCUGCGUAGCAAAUGGCUGUACAUGCGCACUACAUUGAUAUUCAUAAUCAUAUACGUUAUUUCAUUCAUUGUGACGUAUCUGCUCAAGGUGCGGACGGAUCAAGUGUAUUUCUUCUCGUACGAUGUGCUGGGGCAAGUGCUGGUGGCUACUAUCACUGGUGGGUUUAUCCCAUUCAUCUUCAUUCCAUUUGUGAUGCGCAGACAAUCACGUACUACCACCCAUCUAAUCCCUAUACACGAGUCGUCCAUGCGUGCUUCGUGGGUGAGUAGGGCCAUACCCACCAUUCUCAAUCCACAGAAGUGGUACACCAUGUUAGUCCUCAUUGGCUAUACUUUUGUGCUGUUCACCUUUCCCCUUUUGCUGAUACUCGGGCUAGUAUUAGGCGGUGAUACGCACGGGCUGGAUAAGCUGGCGUGGGCCCUGACGUAUGCACUCUUUGUUGCAUCCAGUCACUCUCUCAGCUUCAUCAUGGCGUUCUUGUGGGCUGCGAACCAUCGCUUCCACCCGGUGUGUAAAAAGAACGAGAUCAAGAGCAUGGCAGAGAGUACGAAGUUGGAGAAGAGUUUGGGCCAACAGUCAGCGGACCAUUCUGCGCCGAGUGGUCAGGCAAACGCCCAUACAGACGCGCAGAAUAGUGUAACCUCGCAUACAGCCAUGGCCACACCUGUGUCCUCCACCAGGCUGAGGAUAGCAGACGAAACGGAACCUAUAAGUGUCUAAAUGGAGUGAUGUGCUCGCACUAUGCGGCAUGACGGAGUGUCUGCUACGCUGAAGAAUAUACGAGUGGGCUCGUGCGCUUUACAUGAGUCGGACUGGCUGCGUGCUUGACGUUUGUUUAUAGGCGAGCUACUGAACUCUUUCAUCUACCAAUAGUCACACAAUACGCUAGAGCUGGAGGCAAAACGCACAAAGGCUUAUUCGCGCGUCUAGAAGCAUAUCAUUGCGACUCCGUUCCAUCAUACAUACUCGGUGAAUAUGCGCGCUCACAUGCGGUUAGGGUUGAAACUUCAGACCAGAGUACGUAUUAACGCAACAAGUGGUCACGUGGACUGUCAUCAAAUGGCAAUUAUUAACGGCUAUAAACUUGCUCUGUAAUGCGCACCAGUAAUUGUCUUGAUUGCACACGAGUGCGGAUGGAUGCAGGCUCGGUGCUUGGAAUAGGCUACUGUGUAUACUAUGGUGUGCAGUGAUAGUAAUCGCUGGUAGUACCAUGAUUGUUGCAGUUGAUGGUGAGCGCCCCUUUGCUGAUAUUGACCUCAAAGCAAGCAUGCCACGGGGAGCAGUACGUGAAUGUAUUGGGUGGUGUCUAGCUCGCUGACAUCCGCGUAAAAAUUGCAAGAAAAGUUUUGGUGGAACGAGGGAUGAGCUUCAAGGGCGCCUUAGUGCAUUAUUCGAUUGUGGUACCUCAGUGUGUUCAUCGAUUGUAGGCGUUAAAUGAUCCCAUCAAAUCAAAUCCUGUGAUUCGGAAGUGUACACUGUCAGAUCCGAGACUUCAACUGAAGCGUAAUAGUAAUUUAGUACAGCAAUUAAAGCUAGGAAUAUAGUUUGUUCUGAUGCGCUCUGUUUGAUUUUGGCAGUGUGAGGGCAGCAAUCCGCAUAAUUGUAGUAAGUUAAGCAAAUAGGUAUGGGAUGUGUGAUCGCUUCGGUGUCGGAGAGUGCCAGUUACACGACCGGAAUGACAAUCAUAAUCAUGAACGUAAACGUAUGCUUGAAAUCGCCUACAUCAGCGUAAACGUUGAGGAUAACAUAAUACGAUGUAACAUGAGAAUGGCAUCUACCG